UUUCCUGCGCCAAGCGCGUAGGCUACUAGAUAGCAGAAGUUACUCUUUUUAACGUGUCACAUUAUUGAUAUUAAUUUUGUGGGAAAUAGAAGGUCCCGUUUGUCAUGUUACAUUUGGGGCUCGUUAGCUAUUUGUGUCGACAGCCGUCUUCGGCUCGAAGCAGAAUAUUUGCGGCCACAUCGGAUUUUGUGUCUAAACUGUCAGCCUCCUAUGCUAUCCUGAGGAAAGGUGGACAUGCAGCUGAGAGUGAGAGCAAGGAAGAAAACAUCAUCCGGAUACCUUGCAAAAUGCGUCGUCACAUAGAGACGGUGAAACAGCUGAGGGAACGGGGACUUCGGAGGGUUGCUGUAGCUAGGCCGGGAAAGUUGCUAAUUGUUAGCAAGCGCCCGGAGUUGAACCAACAUUCCAGUUAUAUAUAUGGCAAAUUUGAACAAGCCAGCCUUGUCACCAAGGGUUGGAAGCAUAAGAAGUCUUCAGGGGAUUAUUUCAUUAUAAAUAAUACAGAAAACGAGCCUCCUGUCUUGUUAUCGGAAACAGAUUCUCCUCAGAAGAAUCUGCCAACAUUUAGUUCGCUAGGGCUUUGUCCUGAGCUUAUACAAGCACUAGAUCAUAUGGGGAUCACUCGUCCAACUACGGUUCAGUUGCAGACCGUUCCAAAACUUAUGAAAGGAAGAAAUGUUGUAUGUGCGGCUGAAACGGGAAGUGGAAAGACAUUAUGUUAUUUAUUGCCAUUAAUGCACGCAUUAAAACUGGAUACAUCAGAUGUGGAUCAUAUGAGUCCACGAAGUGUUGUUUUGGUGCCUUCCAGAGAGCUUGCAGGGCAGGUUCAGCGGGUUGCUAGAACGUUAGGAAAGCCUUUAAAUAUUUCAGUAAAAGUUAUUGGUGGGGGUAGAGGAAUAUCUAAUAUCAAAAUGGCACUUUCAGAAUGUACGUGUGACGUAUUAAUAGCAACUCCUGGUGCUUUGUGGAAAGCACUAAGUAGAAGGUUUGUGAGUUUAAGCAACCUGUUAUACCUUGUUUUAGAUGAAGCCGACACACUGUUUGAUGAAAGCUUUGAGGAACUAAUACAGAACAUUCUUCAGCACACAGAAAUUGCAUCUGGUCCAUUAGGUGGAUGUGGGCGAAAAGCACAGCUGGUAGUAAUUGGUGCAACAUUUCCCAAAGGGGUAGGCGAGAUUCUGAAUGAUAUUGCAGAUUUAAGAAGCAUCAGUACAGUAAAAAGCAAGAAGCUUCACUUUCUCAUGCCACAUGUUAAACAGAAAUUCAUGAAAAUGAAAAGUGCAGAUAAAUUUACAGAAUUAUUGCAGAUGCUAAAGACCUUUGUAGUUGAGAAGACUGGUAAGGGAAUGCUUGUGUUUUGUAAUAGUGCAGCCACUGUGAAUUGGCUCAGCUAUGUUUUGGAUGAUCAUGAGAUUAAACACUUGAGGCUGCAGGGACAGAUGGCGGCAGAUAAGAGGACGGGCAUUUUCAAUUCCUUCCAGAAUGGCUCUGUGGACAUACUUGUUUGCACAGAUAUAGCAUCGCGUGGACUUGAUACACAAAGAGUUGAAACAGUGGUAAACUAUGAUUUUCCAUUCACCAUAGCUGAUUAUAUCCAUCGUGCUGGUCGAGUGGGCCGUGUGGGAACCAAUGUGCUUGGAACUGUUAUAAGUUUUGUGACACACCCAUGGGAUGUGGAAUUAGUGCAGAAAAUUGAAAAUGCUGCCAGAAAAAAGAUGCCCUUACCUGGAAUGGAAUCUUCUGUAACCCCACCUUUGAUUAAAACAAGCUUAACCGAGUUUGAUUCUUAAAUGUUGGUUAAGGAAACAGUAAACCGGUAGAUCAGCUGCAGAAACAUAAAUUGCUAAAUUGGCACAUUGAUCAAAUAGAUACUGUAACUGUUGACAGGGUUCGGACUUGAUUUAUGGUAUCAUAAUCUGCGUAUAGUGUAACAGCACUAAUGGACAUCACCAGUCUGAAGCAGUAUUGUUUGAAAAAAAUUAAAAUGUAAAAUCCUUAUUUAAUGUUCA